AUGAUUAUUGCAUCUCUCCCUCGAAGCGCUGUCUUCUCGCCAUCUUUGACCCAAUUGACCCCGGGCGCAACGAUGCUGUCUCGCCAGCUAUUGACGAGGCGCUUGCCUCAAGCCGCAACUGCCUCUCGCUUCGCCGUCCCCCGCGCCGCUUUCUCUCAAGCACGAGCUCUUCGAGCUACGGUAGAGGAUGAGGACCCUCAUCUGAAUGGCAACUACCCCAACCCUCCCGCUAUCAAACGCCAGUUCCGCGACCCCAAUGCCCAAUGGUGGGAUAAGCAGGAGAGACGUAACUUUGGAGAGCCUAUUCACGAAGACAAUGAUAUCCUGGGAGUUUUCAGCCCUGAGCAGUACACUCAUGUCACAUCGAAAAAGGCCUUGUUGUCGGUCGGCACUUUUGUUGUCACCUUCCUCGGCUUCUGUGGCCUAGUCAGCAUGUAUUACCCAGACAAGCCAAGCACUCCUCGAACAUUCCCGGAUGGACUCGAAAAGGAACUGGGUGGCUCUGAAGCUGUGCCGGCCCGCAAAUCCGGCGAGGACACAUGGUGA